AUUAAAACACCAAUACUAUAUAGCAUAGUAGAAGUGCUCUUAUUUUAAUCAUCAAAAGAUCAACAACAACUUUUAGAAUCCAAUGCAUCAUUCAACCGCCACUCAGUUGCUCGAAAUGAAUGGUUCUAGUUGUCAUAUCAAAAUAUGUAUUAUACGUUUGUAAGUCGUUAUAUUUCAAAGAAAAUUAUACAUAGAAAUGGAAAAGUUGUUUGCAUGGUACUGCUCUCGAACUGUUGAGAGUAGCUAAUGCGUACAGUGUAAUAGAAAUACAGUAACAAAAUCAAUGCGCCAAUCUUGAUGGCGAUAUGUGACACAACUUAGAAUAACACAGAGCACAUGUCAGUUUUCUAUAAGUAACGGUUGUCAAAUUCCAAUCCACACAUAGGCACAAUGGAACUGCACAACAUCUACUCCUAUCUCCUCCUCCCUUUAUUUUUCCUCUACUUAGCCCACCUAGCGCUCAAAUCCACAAACACCGCCCGCCGCCUCCGCCGGAAACUUCCUCCGAGCCCACCGUCGGCGAUCCCGAUCCUCGGCCACGUCAGCCUCCUGAAACCCCCAAUUCACCGCACCUUCCACGCCCUCGCCCAAGACCUCGGCCCCAUCUUUUCCCUCCGCCUCGGGAGCCGCCUCGCCGUCGUAGUCUCCUCCGCCUCCUUGGCGGAGGAAUGCUUCACCAAAAACGACGUCGUCUUCGCCAACCGCCCCGAACUCAUCUUGUCCAAGCACAUCGGCUACAACUACACCACCGUGACCCAAGCCCCCUACGGCGACCACUGGCGCAACCUCCGCCGCAUCGGCGCCGUCGAGAUCUUCUCCGCCCACCGCCUCAACGCCUUGCUCCCCAUCCGCCGCGAGGAGGUCCGCCGCCUCGUGUCCAAGCUCGCGGCGGCCGGCAGCCCCCUCCGCCGCGUGGUGGAGCUGAAGUCGUUGUUUCGUGAGUUGACGUUCGACACCAUGAUGAGGAUGGUGGCCGGGAAGAGAUUCUACGGCGACGGCGAUGACCGGGGCAGCAGGGAGUUCAGGGAGGUGCUGAAGGAGGUGGUGUCACUCAGCGGCGCGACGAACCCGGCGGAUUUCGUGCCGGUGCUGAGGUGGCUUGACGGCGGGAAGUUCGAGAAGACGGUGGCCGAGCUGGCUCGAAGAACGGAUUCGUUCUUGCAAAAGUUGAUUGAGGAGCAUAGGAGCAAGAAGGAAAGGUUGGAUAGUGCGAAUACAAUGCUUCACCACUUGCUCGCGUUGCAGGAGUCUGAGCCUGAGUACUACACUGACCAGAUUAUCAAAGGGCUUGUUCUGGUCAUGUUGUUGGCCGGGACGGAUACUUCUGCAGUGACAUUAGAAUGGGCGAUGUCAAACCUUCUGAAUCACCCUGACAUAUUAGUCAAGGCAAGAGAAGAGCUGGACAAGCAAAUUGGCGAAGAACGCUUGGUAGAUGAGCUCGAUAUUUCUAGCCUCCCUUAUCUCCAGAACAUAAUUUUGGAGACACUUCGACUGUACCCGGCUGCUCCGCUCCUGGUCCCUCAUGCCUCAUCCGAGGAUUGUGUGGUUGGAGGGUACCAUUUGCCGCGUGGCACGUUGUUAUUGGUCAAUGCAUGGGCUAUCCAUAGGGACCCUGAUCUUUGGGACGAUCCCACGAGUUUUAGCCCCGAAAGGUACGAAAAUGGAGGGAAGGAAAGCCAUAAGCUGAUAGCUUUUGGAUUGGGUAGAAGGUCUUGUCCUGGUGCAGGCCUUGCCCAGCGAGUUGUGGGAUUCACUCUUGGGACAUUGAUCCAAUGCUUUGAAUGGGAAAGGUCCAGCGAGGAAGAGGUUGACAUGAAUGAAGGGAAAGGGAUGACAAUGCCUAAAGAGAAACCACUGGAGGCCAUCUGCAUAAGUCGUCCAAUUGUGAAGAAAUUUGUUUCUUGAAGAUAAAUAAAGACAUCCGAGAUCAAGACUUAAACAAGGAUGAGCAAAUGAAGCGAGGGGUGUGUUGGUAGGUUAAUAUUGUUCUAAAUAAGUAGUAUAUCAUUUUACUCAUAAAAUCAUACGAGUUCAAGGAGUAUAUUAUGGAUCAUUUUUUUACAUUAGAUCAUAGAUGGUGGUUCCUAUGAAAAUUAUUGAAAUCAACAAAACUAAAUCAUAGAUGGUGGUUCAUAUGAGUGACAUUGGAGAAGUUUAUUUUAUUGUGUUUACACCUAAAAUAUAACUCAUAUAAUACUCCUAGGUUAUUCACAAGUCGUUGAAUUCCUUUAUAAAGGCAUAUGUAUCUAGGAGGAUGAAUUUUUGGAGAGUAAUCCAAGAGAUUGAGUAUAUCUCAUAGAUCUAGCAUCUGUCUAAAGUCUGUCUAGGCUUCAUUCUCAAUAGGGACAUGACCAGGGGCGGAUCCAGAACUAGUUAAAGAGUGUUUCGGCAGGACACUUCUUUUUUUAGAGUAAAAAACUUUUCGAUUCCAAUAGUAAUUCAAGUAGAAAAAAAGAAGAAAAAAGUAGCAAUCUCUUUGAUCUGAACCGCUCUCUAAUAUUCUUUCCUCUUUUGCUAAGAAAAAAUAAAAACCACAUUCUAAUGAAGGCUUUUCAUGAAAGCAUGGUUUUGCCAUAGAGCAUUGAUAAUUUACAAUUUGUCUCCUUAUUUGUUUACGGUUGCAAUGGAAGUUCUUAAUGCUAUGCUUAAACUGGCAGUGAAACAGAACCACAUUCCCUUUCAUCCUCGAUGUAAACCGUUAGCAAUAACACAUUUGUGUUUUGCUGACGAUUUGCUUGUCCUUACAAAUGGUUAUGUGCGAGGUGUGGCUGGUGUUUGUCGGGUCCUUGAUGCUUUUUAUGUUGUUUCUGGAUUGAAGUGCAACCCAGAUAAAUGCCAAAUGUUCCGUGGAGGGAUAUCUGAAGAGGAGCAUCAUUUUUUAUCCUCUGUUUCAAGGUUUCCCUCGGGGCAUCUGCCUGUACGUUACCUUGGUGUUCCUCUAAUUACAGGGAAGCUUACUCGUGCUGAGUGUCGGGUACUUGUAGAGAAAAUUACUGCCAAGAUACGUAGUUGGAGGGCCAAGUCUCUAAGUUUCUCUGGUCGCUUUCAUCUGAUUUCUUCAUUUCUAACUAGUACUUUGCAAUUCUGGAUGAGUAUUUUUCUUCUGCCUCAGUUUGCCAUUAAGGAGGUUGAGCCAAUUUGUAAUAAGUUCUUGUGGGACAUCGAUGAUUCAUCAGUAAGGAAGAGGGCUGUUACAUCUUGGCAGUUUCUUGCUCGUCUAAAAAUAGAGGGUGGGCUUGGGAUUCGUAAUUUUUCUCUUUGGAACAAAGCAUGUGCUCUUCGACAUCCCUGGGCCAUUCUUGCUGAGGAGGGUUCUAUCUGGGUUGUGUGGAUCCGUCGUUAUCUGGUUAAGCAGUCUUCCAUUUUGGGCAUUAAAGUCUCUGAUGCUGGUUCAUGUAUUUGGAAACGAAUUCUCAAAUGUUGUGAGGUAGCACAUCCUUUCAUAUCACAUAUGGGGACUGUUUUGACGUGGGAUGGUGAUGUGAUGAAGUCUUACUCUGUUAAGAAUAUUUGGAACUCGCUGAGACAGCAUGGCAGGUCUGUGACGUGGUUCAAACUUGUAUGGGAUAAGCAUAUUAUCCCUCAUCAUGGUUUUAUUCUAUGCCUUGUUAUCCAUGACAAGUUAAAACUGCAUGACAAGUUGAUUGCGUGGGGGAAAGCCGGUCUUGGUACUCUGUGUGCUCUGUCCUGGAGGUUAUGAGACACGCUAUCAUCUAUUUGUUAAUUGUCAUAUAUCAGAAGUAUUCUUUCUUUGAUUUUGCAGUCUGCAGUUCCCCUAGAGCUGGGUGACUGGCAUUCUAUUUUACAGUGGUGUGUGACUUGAUGGAGUGGUGCAGCGGCUGAUGCUGUUUUACAUCGGAUGGCUUGGUGUGUGGUGAUAAGCCUAGUUUGGGGCGAACGCUACUCUAGGAUGUAUGGCUUGAAGAGUGCGAGAAGUCCCUCUCAUCUUGGCCUUAGAGGCAAAGUGGAUCCUUUAUUUCCGGUGCCAACUGGAUCAGACUUUGUUAGGUUGUUUGGAAUCUAGGGGGUUGGGGUAGUGUUCUUUCUUUAUGUUUCUUCCUUGUACAUGAAGAUUUUCAUUGUACAGACUUUGUUUGUGCUGAGGGCGCCUUAGUGUUUUGCUCAUGGUUGCCGGUUCUUAAUGCAUUUUUAAUUUAACCAUAAAAAAAUUGGAGAGCUGUC